AAAAAAAUUCCUGAAGGAGUGCCUCAAUCCCAACACAAGUACACAACCCAAAUACCAAACGAUAACAAAUCAUAGACUUCACACCCAGCCAAUGGACAUUUAUAGCACCAAGGACAUAUUAAAUAGUUUUUUUUUUCUCUCUCUAUGCAUUAAAAAAUAGAAAAGCUACAGCACCAGUAGCUGGAUGAGGCAUGAAUGCAUGAUGACAAGAAGUGAGGAGAAGGAGAGGAUUCAUGUGAGGCUGCGGUAGGUUUAGUGGGACCCACCAUGCUCCUCUUCCUUCCUCCCCGCAUUCCUCACCCUUUUCUCCUCAAAAAGAGAUCCAUCCAGUCAGUCCACAAACCAAUAUCCAGGAAAAAAAGUGAAAUGUAGCAGCAGCACAACAGUGAAAUCAUUUACAAAUGGAAAAGCUUGGAAGCACACAAAAUUUUUAAAGCCGUUUACGUACCAGAUCGGACCCCAUCCGUCAUCACAGUAAUGGCCGCCGAUGCCUCCCUUCCAUGGAAACUUUACCACAACCCCCACUUCCUCUCGGAUUCCCUUCAUGAUUCCCCCCAUCUCCUCCUCGCCUACGAAACCCCCACUUCCCCACUCCACCCCAAUCCCCUCUCCACCGUCAUGGACGACCUCGCCCUCGCCCUCGCAGAAAUAAGCGAGCUCCGCGCUGAGGUGGACCUCGAGCGCCGCAUGCGCCGCGCCGCCGAAUCCCUCGCAAAAUCCGUCGCACGCGAGCUCGCCGAUGAACGUCGCGCACGCGCUGAUGCCGAGGCCGAGAUGGCGCGGUGCCGUGAGGCCGCAGACCGCGCCGUCAGGGAGGCGGACGAAGAUCGCCGGAUGCUGAAGCUCGCCGAGGCGUGGAGGGAGGAGCGCGUGAAGAUGAAGCUCGCCCACGCCGCUAUCGUUCUCGAGGAGAGGAUACAAGAGGUUGCCAGUAAUGUAAUAAUGCAAAAGACCAGUGAGGUUGAUUGCGUCGCCGCCGCCGCCCGGAAUGGCCGAGAAAGACAGGGAAGGGAGAUUGAGAAUCCGCACAUCAGAAGAGGAAUAAAUGGGUUCGUUGAGUUUUCGCGGGCAUUCAGGGUUCGGUCGCCGGGAUUGGGGAGGGAAAGGGAGCGGGGCGGUGGAGAUUUGGAGUGCGAGAGAGCUCAUCUUAGGGUUUUGAUGAAAUAACUUGAUGAUUUUGUAGUUAGUUCUAUCAAUUUUGGCAAUCAAAAUUAUUAUUACAAGUUGUAAUUGUCGAAGCACGGCUCUGAGAUUCGUCGCUGUUGGUUCUCAGAACAAUGAGCUUGCAGGAACAGUUUCUCUGUAAAAUGCUAAUUUGGUUGUUCAUACAGUAAAUUCUUUAAAAAAUAAAUAAUAAUCUGCUGCAGUAAAUUUCUAAGUACCUGCAAGCAUUCAAAUGCA